UGUUCAUACAUUUUUAACCCCGUUUUAUCCUCCGUCGGCGCAUCCCUCCUAGCCGCCGAUCUCGUCGCCAGUGAGCCCCUCGCCGCCGAUCUCGUCUCCGGUGAGCCCCUCUUCGCCGACCUCGUCGCCGGUGAGCCCCUCGCCGCCGAUCUCGUCGCCGGCGAGAUUCUCGUUGCUCAACUCCUCGCUUGGGAAAAAUGAUUAACUAGGGCAUUGUAACGAUUGUAAAUUUUGGAACCAAGGAGAAGAUGAUUAGCAACUUGUGGAAGCAGUGGGAAUUCCUCUUUAUUCUUUUCUACGCCCUGAUUUUUUAUCUGGUUGUAAUCCAUCGAUCUCUUCAGCUUUCACAUGAUUAUGUUGGACGACUUUACGGUCUACGCCCUGGCUGGUUCGCCAAUCGCUUAAAUGAUGUCUCUGAUUCACAAUGGAGAAACUUCCGAGGAAACUUACCAAUUCUUACUCUUGUUAUGGGAGCCUUCGUGAUUGUGGCGAAUGUUUUCCGCCACUAUUAUGCCUUGAAAGGCCGAGCAAUGUCAGCAUUAUGGAUUUUUAUAUCAUUGAUUUAUCUAUUGUAUUUACAUGGAGCUUGUGUUGGUUUUAUUCUCUUUUUUGGCUCUCUGAAUUAUUUUUUAGUUAAGACUUUUGCUCGAUCCAACUACUACAUUCCUGUGCUUUGGAUAUUCAAUAUAACAAUUCUCAUACUAAAUCGCAUCUAUGAAGGCUAUCCUUUCUCUUUGUUUGGGCAACAAUUGGCUUUUUUGGACAAUUACCGGGGCACUUUUAGAUGGCACAUAUGCUUUAAUCUCGUUGUACUACGCAUGAUCAGCUUUGGAUGUGACUAUCAUUGGUCGUUUGGACAGCCUCGCUUUGAUAAAAAGAGACACGUCCAGCGUUGCCAUGUUUGUUCUUCUGGGAGGACAUGUUACCAUGCUUUACAGGAGAUUGGAGUUCACAGUAGCAAAUACUCAUUCAAUAUGUAUUUGUGUCACUUGAUAUAUGCACCACUCUACAUCGCCGGACCCAUUAUUAGCUACAAUGCUUUUGCUAAACAGUUGGAGGCACCGCAGGAGAAUUAUUCGGUCAGACAAAUAUCUGCAUACGGGCUAAGAUGGGUUCUAAGUUUCUUACUUAUGGAAGCGAUGACACACUUUUUCUACUACAAUGCCUUUGCAAUUAGUGGUGUGUGGUGGCAGCUGUCACCAUUUGAGAUCUUUCUCAUUGGCUACGGGGUGUUAAACUUUAUGUGGUUAAAGUUUCUCCUGAUUUGGCGCUAUUUUCGGUUCUGGUCUCUGAUAGGAGGAAUCGAGACACCCGAGAAUAUGCCGAGGUGUAUGAACAACUGUUAUGAUUUGGAGAGCUUCUGGAAAGGCUGGCAUGCUUCUUUCAAUAAAUGGCUUGUCAGAUACAUGUACAUUCCACUUGGCGGUUCUCAGAGAAAGCUACUCAAUGUUUGGGUCAUUUUCACAUUUGUAGCAAUUUGGCACGAUCUAGAAUGGAAACUUCUUUCUUGGGCAUGGUUAACAUGUUUAUUUUUUGUUCCUGAACUAUUAGUCAAAUCAGCUGCAGAUGCUUUUCAGGCGAGGAGUGCUUUUGGAGCAUUCAUACAUCGUGAACUAGGUGCUAUUGCUGGGGCCGUGACGAUUAGCUGCCUAAUGGUAGCGAACCUUGUUGGCUAUGUCGUCGGGCCGUCGGGCGUAAAAUCAUUAAUUUCGCGAAUGCUUCAGAAAGACGCAUAUCCUGUUCUGGUAUACAUAUUUAUAUCAUUUUAUGUGGGUGUAAAGCUCAUGUUUCAUAUUCGAGAUCUUAAGUAAAAUCGGUAGUGAUUGAAAAGAUGAAGAAUCUCGCGGAUAUUUGUAUGAGUGAUUCCUCAAAUACAUUUUGGCCCAUAAGCAAAGACUCAGAAUUCGUAACUUGGGAGGAUAUGUUUUUUUCUUUUUUCUUUUUUUUAAGUUUAUUUUGGUUUUUGAAAAUCUUGGUGCUAAUCAAUUAAGUGACAUCACCAUUUUUUUUUUUAUUUGGUGGUGACAAUCACCAAUUUUGGAGAGGUUCCAUUUUUUU